AUGGCUUCCGACGGCCUCAGCAGCUGCAGCGGCGCGGACGGUGACGAUGCGGAACAGAUCAUGGAGGACUUUCGAGUCGCGGACUGUCGCCGAAAUCAAGGAGCAGGCGAAGCAGCAGGCCAUGAAGGAAUCGCUCUCAAGGAGGAGAUGCAGAAAGUAGAGGCAAAGUUACUCGAGCUCGAGCGGUCGUCAGUUGGGGAGGGGGCACUGCGCUCAACGGCACGAGGCAGGAGGAGAACCUCCCCGUCCCAAUGCCUGAAGCGAAUAUAGCAAACCGUGUCCCCGUCCUGCGAAACACCGGUCUGAGCGACAAUACUAACCCUAUCACUGACCAGCGCCUGCUGCGCGAAGCCCCGGUACAUUGCCCUGCGCCCCUCACUCGCCAAUACCCAAGCUCUGCUGCAUAUAUGUCAUUCUCGGGCGACUCGCAAUACGUGUUCAGCAACCCCUGGAGCCCCGGCCCGCCGCCUCCUGCUUCUCCCACUGUCCCGCCAAACCCGUAUUCGAACGACAAUACUGCCCCCAUCACCGACCAGCGCCUCUUGCGCGACGCCCCGGUACUUUCUACUACCCCUACGCCAUCGCUCCAGCUCCCCGAGCCCCGGCCCGCCGUCUCCUGCCUCUUCGAUAUUCUCCUCUCGCUCCUAUAUCGGCCUUGCCCACUCGGAGUCGCACAAGCCUCGCCCGCCAUCGAUCAACUGGAUACGCCGCACAUGAACUCGAUCGACCCGAGGACACUGCAUGAGUACCUGUCACAGGUGAGGGAUGCGAAGAUCGCGCAGCUCACGGCCGACGUUGCGAGCCUGGAGAAGAUGGAUAAAGACCCUGUCUCAAAGUGGUUGAACUCCACCCUCCACCGCGACGGGGACCGCGACUACGAGGGAUACCCCCCUCCGCUGUCGCCGAACUAUCCGUGUCCCGUCUGCCGCGCGCCCGUAAAGAGCCGGCCGGUGGAGGUGUAUGCGCUGAAGAAUGUUGCGCAGACGCUGGGGAAGGCGAUGGGGGAGACGUGUCCGCGGGAGGUGCUCCCGCCGAGGGGGCGCGGGAGGGAGUGGGAUGCGUUCUUCCCUCCUCAGUGGCGUUGA